ACGUGGAGACCGUUCGAAUGCAAACAUUAAUAAAACAUUUCAACAAAUUCAAGUGGAUUCGGAAAUAUAUUGAGGAUGAGAGGAUACUUAAUACAAUGUUACAAGAAUUAGCUUCAAGUGCGUUUAGAAGAUGUGCUGAAGAUCCUUCCCCACUGGAAAAUACAGUUAGUGAUCCAUAUUUAAAUUUGAUC